AGUGUUCCGAAGCUCGCGUCCGAUGGAUCCAACUGGGUCACGUACCGAGAACGGAUGAAGGUCGUACAGACGGCCAAGGGUCAUAUGCCGCACAUUUGCGGGACCAGUCGUAAGCCCCUCCUUCCUCCUCCUAUCAAUCGAGAUCUCCCCCACAUCACCAUCCAAUACACAGAGCUAGUCGACAAGAUGGAGUUGAAAUACACUCUGUGGGAGACGAAGGAGGCUGGAGCCCGCGCGCUCAUCUACGAGACUCUGAGCGACAACCUGUUCAUUGAGGUCCAGUCGCAGCCAACCACGAAGGCUCUCUGGGAGGCCGUUGUUGCGUCCUGCGAGAACAAAUCACUGAUGUACGCCAACACUAUCAGAACGCGUAUUCAGAACACGCGGUGCCCCGAGGGAGGGGACAUACGGGCGCAUUUGGCGCUACUUCUGCGGGAGCGACAGAAUCUGGCAGCCGUCGGGACUCGUUUGGCGGAGAUCGAGUUCGCAGCAAUUGUGAUGAACAGCUUGCUGGAGUCUUACCACGGGCGCGUCCAAACCAUCUUGGACAUCUCGAGCUUCUCUGGGCAGGUCAUCCCCGUCGAGUUCCUUAUCAACAAGCUCAACAAAGAAUUCGAUCGGAGGGCGAUCAUCAAAGCGAAUGACAUUGCCCUCACCGCCACCUCAAGCAUACCGAGUGCACCAGCGAGUGCUCUCUACUCGCGCCAACCUGUGGAGUGUUACAACUGCCACGGGAAGGGCCAUAUUGCACGCAACUGCCGUCGGAAGGGUGGCGGACGUGAGGGACAG